AUGUGGAAACUUGAAACCGUGCGUCGAGGAAUGCAUGUUUUAAAAAUAGAUGAUAACGUUGCUCAUAUAAACGAUUGGAUAACACGAACCGCGGUUCCUACUUCGGUAUUUGAAGCGACAAUACUUCCACUUUUUAUUUCUCUCGUCUGGAUAUUUCUCUACAAAAAAAAGAGUAGAAUCAAUGGUAGUGAGUUCAGAAAGUAUAUGGAAAUCACACAUGGAUCUUUAGUUGGUUUUUUCUCUGACCUUCACUCCAUGCGCGAAAGAUUAUCUAAGGGCACAUUUACAUUUUUUUUCCUAUUAUUCGCGGCGACUGUUUUUGGGAAACAGAUACCAAAUGUUAUGCUUUCUAAAAGCAUUGGAUUAUACAAUUUUACUGAUGUUACGUUUGAUAUUAUGUUCUUAUUUAAAAACGAUUCAAACUGUAUGUAUACAUCAUGUGCUGCUUCUCAAUUCAAGGACAACUUCGCAUUGGUAUUGAAUCCUGCCGAUAUACAAAAUAAACUGCAUAAUGAUAGUAUACAUAGCACGAACUGGGAUUUAGGAAAUACCAAUAUUUUGUAUGCUGUACGUGCCAAAACUGAUGUCGCAUCCUGUAUAGCGAGGCUUGGCACGGCAACACUCUGUUAUCCGGAGAAUGAAAUAGCUAGUGAUAAUCUAGGAAAUAAAACAAAUAACCUCAUACAUACAGGAGUUUAUACGAGUGUUUAUAGUUCUGGUAAUAUGAGAUAUGUAAUACUAGAAUCUUUUCCGUCAAGUUUGUCUGUAUCUACCACAAUAGUAGAUAGAUGUGACCUAUCUAUGAAUAUGCUUUAUAUUUCCCCUAACUUUUCUUCUGAUGUUGUAAGGAUGGCUAAAUGGUUAAACAAUAGUGGUUAUUAUAAAGAUCCGUGGAAAGCUUCUCGACACUGUCAAAUAACACUUUCUUGCGAUGUAUCUUGGGAGUGGAAAAAGAUGCGAAUAUCUGGAAAUACGCCAGAUACAACAGAAAUACUGGAAGUGAACUUUAAUAAUAGUGUAAAUGAAUUGGCCAAUUUAUUUUAUACCACCGUGCGAGACAGAGGAAGAGAUGUAGGCGAAAUUAUUGGAAGAAGUUUAAUUGAUAAUAUCUCCGAUAAAAUGUUUACAAUUAUUUCAAAAUGGAGAAGUGAUAUCCGAAAUAAAGGAAGCCGAUACAGUUUCAAUUUUCUAGAUGAAUAUGAUAUUGUGCUGUCUCAAUCACUGGCAUCGUCUGUACAAUCUAUGAUGAACAAUGUCAGCGUUUCUGUUGUCAAAAUGGUGCAACGAGAAGCUGUGGGACUCUGGGUAGAGCUUGCUGUAGUAACAUCUGUGAUAUUUUUGACUUCUUUGACUUCUUUGAUUCUGUUGCACAUCUGCAGAAGAAAAAAUGAAACAAUUUGGUUAUCACUUAGCUUGUUGGAUAUUAAAGUUAUAUCUAAUACUAUCUUUAAAGAGGAAAAUGAUGAUGGUACUUUUAAUGAAAAAACUUCAUGGCCAUUUAAUUUAGAUAAUACAUCUAAACUUGUUACAGCAAAUGGAAUUGAAGUGACUAUCACUAAAUGA